GAAGCAAUCCGAGGAAAAGAGCCGGAGGAUCACUACACCUUUCCAGAAUCCGCAGAAUGUCACCACGACUAGCAGUGCUAGCAGUGUUGCCAACCCUUCGAGUACAACUCUUACUGCGUCAAGCUUUUCUAGUACGGCUGCGCCAGCUUUCUUCGCAUCGACUCAAUCUGCAGUCUAUCCUGGACCAGCAAAGUCUCCGCACAGCGCAUCAGCAAAGUCUCCUAAGUUCCAACAUGACAAGAGGCGUACUAGUGAUGAUGUCCUCUUAAGGGACAAUGUUGCUAGUACAGGAGGUCACAUCAGCGGCGCUCCCGGUACUCCUACAACAAGUCAUAG